UAUACUGAUAUACGUAUUAAGCCGUUUAAACAAAGUCUUUCUGAUACAUUUAUUGUGUCUGAGGUGUAUUUAUACAAUACAACCAUAGACUCAAGAUAUUUUAAAAGGUAGAAGUUCAAUCCUAGUCUUUAAAAAAGGGUUCUAGAAGCUAAUAACUGUGAGCAUACUGCAUUUAUAUAUCCUAAGCCAGCAAGUUGUCAUGCAUUACCUUUAAAAUCACGUAUUGUAGUUUACACGUAAAUACUUUCUAUGUCGCACAAACGAGGCAAACACAUAAUUACGUAUCUUUGCACACGACACGUAAAUGAUCAACUUGGUAUUAUUUACCAAGUUACCAAGGGUACUUCCCCUUACGCAUUACUUCAGUUUCUAGUCAUUCGAUUCCGUUCAAUGAAACGUUUGUUUUCGUUGUUUCCACGGCAAUCUUUGUUUAAUAUCAGACCAGUAGUAGCCUUGUUUUAUAUACAGAACAUUUCAAUAUAAGUACGGAUAGGUUAAGUUAGUGAUUGCAAAAUUCUGUGUAAUUGCUUAUCAGUAUAAACACCAUUAAGACACAUGUUUAUUGUGUUAUUUAUAUAGGGCUGUUUAAACAGACUAUUUUACAGAACAGAGCUAAGAUUAAUUGAUUAAACGAAUAAAAGUAAUUUUUUGGGCGUACAGAUCAACAAAUUGUGGUUACGCGAGUAUUUCAGUUUUAUAAGAUUUUAUAUUGGGAAAUGAAGUCAGUUCUAAUAUCAGGCGCCCACUCCACCGGUAAAACUACAUUGCUUAACCAUCUGCAACAAGUUCAACCGAAAAAGUUGUCGAAAACACCUUUGAUGUUUUCACCCGAAGUCGCAAGAAAAUUUAUGGCGGAAAGUGGUUUCAAUACUGAAACCCAACAAUGCAAACAAAUGAUGAAAAAAAUCAACUUUCUGAUCUUGGAUAAACAAUACGAAAGGGAGCAAGAGAUGGAAAUAAAAAUGAAAGAUUUAGGUUACAACGAAGCGAUAUGCAUCUAUGAUCGUGGUGUCAUCGAUCCAAUUUGUUACUUGGAUAUGUACGUAGGAGAAGAAGCAGCCAACAAAGCUCUUUCUUUAUCGAAAGUGAAAGAAAUGAUCACGAGAAUGCGAGACGAAACACAAUGCAUUGUCUUCGUCAUAAUGCCGCAGGAAAAGUUUAUUGAAGACGACGGAAUUCGCGUCGAAACUUCCGGUAUCAAAGAAUUGUUCAACUAUGACGACAUUAUGACAUCAUACUUGGAUAGAAUGGGCGUUUACUAUCACAGAAUUUUGGAAGAAGAUUUAUUUGACAGGUCAGAGUUCGUCCAGCAAAAAAUAAUUGAAAGGUGGCCGCAGUUAUUUUAAAUUUUGUUUGUAAUGAAUAUAUGAUACUUAUUUUUCUUGCUUUCUUACUGUGACUGACAACUAUCGUUAAAUAUCCACACUGUUAGCAGCAUUGAGCAUCGAAUAUGGUUCUGUAUUUGACUAUACGAGUACCUGACCACUAAACCAC